AUGUCUUCACAACCGACAAAUCCUGAAAACGUUUCGAUUUCCGAAUCAAAUAUUCCACCACCAGUGCCAAUAUCAAGAAAGACAACGAUAAUACAAAAUUUAAUUAACUCUUCCAUCAAUUUUAUUGAACCUCAUCCGAAUGUAUUAAAACGUAAACGUACGCAACCGAAAAGGAAAAAAAUUCCAUUUAUUAUGACCGUUUCAUUAAAUUCCCUAAAUUCUCCUUAUGAUGAUGAGAAAGAUGAUGUUGUCGUAAGAGAAGGGGGUAACGAUUUAUUAGAAUCGGGAGGGGAUGAGGAAAGAAGCGAUGUUUCCAUUAAUGGAAAUUAA